UCUGAAAUGGAGGCGCCCCUCGACAUGUCCUCAAGGGCCCUCCCGGGUCCCCUAUUAUCCCAAGGGGUCCCUCCGGCGCCUCCGCUGCCCACUCUCAGUUUCACCCUGGACCAAGUGUCCUCGGUCUGCGAGACUCUGGAGGAAUCCGGCGACAUCGAGAGAUUGGCCAGGUUCCUGUGGUCUUUGCCGGUGGCCCAUCCGAAUAUUCUGGAGUUGGACAGGUCGGAGGCUGUCUUGAGGGCCAGGGCCAUCGUGGCCUUUCACAGUGGGCACUUUAGAGAGUUGUAUGCGAUUCUGGAAAGGCACAAAUUCACGAGGGACUCUCAUGGAAAGCUGCAAGCGAUGUGGCUGGAGGCUCACUAUCAGGAAGCAGAAAAAUUAAGAGGUCGCCCUUUGGGUCCAGUCGAUAAAUACAGAGUCCGAAAAAAGUUUCCUCUUCCUUAUUCAAUCAGCGAAGGUGAACCAAAGUCGCAUUGUUUUAAGGAAAGAACGAGGAACCUUUUAAGAGAAUGGUACCUUCAGGACCCCUACCCGAACCCUACGAAAAAACGAGAGCUUGCCCAGGCAACCGGAUUGACUCCGACCCAAGUCGGAAAUUGGUUCAAAAAUCGGAGGCAAAGAGACAGGGCGGCCGCUGCCAAAAAUAGGUAA